AUGCCAAAGGGGAUAUCGAUGCGUUGUUGGUGCGCUUUGGGAAGGCCCCUUCCGGUCCAAGUGAUGGAGAUGGCGCUUCUUGGUGGUAUAGCCAUUCGGCAGCUUGAGAUGAGGGUGCGGAUGAGCUUUGCCUCCACUCUAACCCAUGCCUGGCUGGUCAACCCUCUCCAUGUUCAUCCGGCUUUUGCGGCGCUGCAGUGCAAGUACACGCUCUGCCAGGACAUUUGGAUGGACGUGGUCAUGAAGCUUUUUGCCGUGUCCUUGGUUUCCGCCGUCUCAGCCUCCGCAGUCUCAGCAUGGAAGUGGUCGGUGGCGCUGUGCGGGGCUAUGGCGGUCUUGGUGUGGGUCACCAGGCCCUACAUGCAGCCACAGGUGAGCACCCUGCAAAGCCUUAGCUGCUUGAGCUUGGCCGCGACCUCAGUGGCUUUCAUCUACCAAAUGCCCAACCUUGCACGUGCCGCCUUGCUGACCCCUUUGCUUUUGGUGCUCCUACAGGUGCGCUGCCCUGAUUGUGAAGAAGCCUUAGCCGAGCGAUGCUACGAGGACUUGGUGGCUGAGUUGCCGAAGCUGCAGCGUGGGGAGCCGCAUCAGCUGAACGUGCAACUCUUGCGCUUCUGA